UAUUUAUGUAGGCAAAAGAAAGAGAGAGAGAGAGAGGGAGAGAGAGAGAGGGAGAGGGUGAGAGAGAGAAAGAGAGAAGAAACGGGAGGAGGGGAUAAGGAAAUUAAACCUUUAAGUCAAUGCAUAUUGUGGUGACACUGGCACAGGAGCCCUCACGGUGGAGUCGGCCAGGGCUGUGCGUUCCCAAAAUAUGACCAGGGGUGCUUGGAUGUGUCGGCAGUAUGACGACGGCUUAAAAAUCUGGUUGGCAGCACCCCGGGAGAACGAGAAACCGUUCAUCGAUUCAGAGAGGGCUCAGAAAUGGCGACUGUCUCUGGCAUCUCUCUUGUUUUUCACAGUCCUGCUCUCUGAUCACUUGUGGUUCUGCGCUGAGGCCAAACUGACCCGCACCCGGGACAAGGAACAGCAGCGCCAGCAGCAGCAGCAGCAGCAGCAGCAGCAGCAGCAGCGACAGCGGCAGCAGCAGCAGCAGCAGCAGCAGCGGCCGCGGCAGCAGGAGCCCUCCUGGCCCGCGCUCCUGGCGAGCAUGGGGGAGUCCUCGCCCGCCGCCCAGGCACACAGACUCCUCUCCGCCUCCUCGUCCCCCACCCUGCCCCCCUCCCCGGGAGACGGCGGCGGUGGCGGCGGCAAGGGCAGCCGAGGCAAAAACAACCGGAGCAAGGCUCUUUUUCUAGGAAACUCUGCCAGACCUGUGUGGCGCCUGGAGACUUGUUACCCCCAGGGCGCCUCCUCGGGCCAGUGCUUCACCGUGGAGAAUGCGGACGCCGUGUGCGCCAGGAACUGGAGUCGGGGGGUGGCCGCUGCGGGGGAGGCGCGGGAGGUGAGGAGCGAGCACCCAGCUCCUCUCUGGAACUUGUCGGAUUUUUACCUUUCGUUUUGUAAUUCCUACACACUUUGGGAGUUGUUCUCCGGGCUGUCCAGCCCCAACACUUUGAACUGUAGUUUGGAUGUGGUGCUCAAGGAGGGCGGGGAGAUGGCCACUUGCAGGCAGUGCGUUGAGGCUUACCAGGACUAUGACCACCAUGCGCAGGAGAAAUACGAAGAGUUUGAAAGUGUGCUCCAUAAAUAUUUACAGUCCCAGGAGUAUUCGGUGAAAUCGUGUCCUGAAGACUGCAAGAUUGUCUACAAAGCCUGGCUCUGUUCCCAGUAUUUUGAAGUCACACAGUUUAACUGCAGAAAGACAGUUCCUUGCAAGCAAUACUGUUUGGAGGUUCAGACGAGGUGUCCCUUUAUAUUGCCCGACAACGAUGAAGUCAUCUAUGGAGGCCUCUCCAGUUUCAUCUGCACAGGGCUCUAUGAAACCUUCCUAACCAAUGACGAACCAGAAUGCUGUGACGUCAGGAGACAGGUGCGGUCCAGCAGCCCACCCCGAGGGACCGUAGAGAAAAGUGACUCCUGUCACAGGACAUCGCUCACAGUGUCAUCAGCCACAAGACUGUGCAACAGCAGACUCAAACUGUGCGUCCUCGUGCUGAUGCUCCUGCACACCGUGCUCACGGCCUCAGCCGCGCAGAACGCCACGGGCCUGGGCUGGGGCGGCAUCAACUCGCUGGAGGAAAACUCCACCAACGAGGACUAAGGAAGGACCGAGCGUCCCGCAGCAGCGGCUGGCCCACAAGACAAAUGCGACUGCUGUCCACGUCACAGAAACUGGGUGCUUUUACCCUCUAAUUACUUCUUGCAAGGCCUUUAGGGUAAAAUUAAAAAAAAAAAAAAAUGGGCCUGAAUCCAAACAAGGACGCCCCCACAGCUUUUUAUUGACUAAAAGGCUGUCAAGUGACUUUAAAUUUCUCACACCAUUUUAUACACUGUGUUUUAAUGUUUGGAGGUUUUAUUUGCUUUCGUUUUGGUUUGGGUUUAUUUGUUCGUUUAUUUUUUUUGCACUUGUUAAUACAGGAUUUAUUUUUCGGGAUGGUUUCUCAGAGGUAAACUAAGUCUUUUCCCUGUCUCUCUCUAUCUCUCUAUAUAUAUUUCUAGUCAUUGUGUGUGUUCAUCAGAUAGUUCUGUCUUUAUGUCCUGUCAGUUUCUAUUAGAGGAAUGAUUGCUAUGACCUCAUGGUAUAGCAAAAAACAACAACAACAACAAACAAAAAAACAAUAAAAAAUAAAAAAGACAAAAAAAAGAAAACAACAGAAAAUAAAAAUAAAAAAAAAAACCCAACCCUAAGUCCCCUUGUACCCGCGGAACCCAUGCCCUCCCGCGCCCUCUUGUGGUCCCCUAAGCAAACAACAUCCGCUUGCUUCUGUCUGUAACCACAGCGAGGGGUGUGCGCGACCCUGGGCCUCUGGGCCACCAGUGCACUACCCCAAACAGGGCGGAGCCGAGGGGGCUUGGCAGGGGGUUCCUUCAUGCUGAACAUACAAGUGCUCUCCAUAAUAGGUGGAAUCAGACAGUUAACACAUUUUUAUGUUGAAAACAAAAUAGAAAAAAAAGCUAUCAUGAACUAGGUUGCUCCAGCUCCCGUCCCCAAG